AUGACGGUUCUUUUUCCCAUUCACGCCGAUUUCCUCACCUCUCCCGAGCCCCCUCUUACGAUUCUUCUCUUCCCUGAGCCUCUCCCUCUCGCGACCCUCGUCUCCCUAAACCCACCGCCGGCCUCUCUUCUCCGUCGAGCCACAGCCGCCGAGCCACAACCACCGGCUUUUCCUCCUCACGCCAGCAACAGAGACGAGCCCCAGCCGGCGGUCUCCUCCCUUCCUCGCACGCAGGCGCCAACCGAUCUCCCUCUCGCGAGAUCUCAUAGACCACAACCGCUGAUCCUCUUCUCUUCGAGCGGUGCCCCAACUGAUUCGGACGUUGAUUCGAGACGAGCGACACGACGUGGGUUUAGUCUUAUACGUUCGACAGAUAAAGACGGUUAUGAGCAGUACUGUAGCAGAUUAGUACCAGUUCUGACCUACUAUACCUAGCCUAGGA